GUGCAGGUGAUAAUCGUGUAACGAAUCAAUUGGACAUGCGAUUAGAUCCAAUUAAGAUUCCUGUGUUCAAUGGUGAUCCAGCGAAUUGGCUGCCUUUUAAGCAUUUGUUUGAGGCACUGGUUCAUAAUCGUACAGAUCUGGAUUCUAGUUACAAAUUGAGUAAGUUACGCCAACAUGUAAAUGCAGACAGCGUACCAUUGGUUGGCGGAUUAUAUACAGGCGGCUACGAAGACAUGUGGCAGGAAUUGAAACGGCGUUUUGAUAAUCCACGUUUGUUGGUUGAAUCUCACGUGCAGCGUAUCCUGGAUUUGCCCAACCAACCCGUCGAAUCCCAGAAGUGCUUGCUCCGACUAGUCGACACCGUGCAAAAUGUGAUGCGAGCCCUAAGUGUUAUGGGCUUUCCGGUAAGUCAUUGGGACGCUCUAUUGGUACCACUUCUGCUGCCCAAAUUGCCUACCACCACUAGGUAUGAGUGGGGGAUAAGUCUUCAGACGAACAACAUACCAAUGGCUCAGGACUUUUUACUAUUUAUUGAGAAGCGGGCCAACAAUUUGGUUCAAGGAACUACGAACGGUAUAACAACUAUCCAUCAGAGACCAGCCCGUCCCGUUAAAGCUCAUGUGGCAGCGGUAAAUUCAUCUGAGCCGUUACAUUCCGGGAAAGUUGCAACGGUUGUUUGCUAACUUUGUUCUAACUGGCACCGAAUAUAUAAAUGCCAACGGUUCAUCAAUCUUUCAAUACCCGAACGGUGGAAUACAGUUAAGCGGCUCUCAUUAUGUUUCAAUUGUCUUGGGGCUGAUCAUGGAUCGCGCGAUUGUACAUCGCGUGAUUGUUUUAAAUGCCAUCAUCGCCAUCAUACUAUGCUUUGCAAAGACAACGUUGCGAACAAUUCACCGACUAUGGUGGAAGACAUUAACAGUCAAACUCCCGAUCGGAAUAUAUCCAGUGGAGCACCUUCCACACAGGUGCCACAGGUAUAUCGACGACAACAGUGACAUUUGAGGAAGGUCCGGUCAUUUCUCGUAAAUGGUGACCGGACCAUUUUAUUAGCGACUGCGAAGGUCAUCAUUAUUGACCACAACGGAAGACAAUUCGCAUGUCGCGCUUUAUGCGACCUGGGCUCUCAGGUGAGUCUUAUUACCGAUUCUACUACAAAACGUAUGUGUCUUCGUAGGCAUCCAGGAGAGAUACGAAUUGAAGGCAUUGGUUCUAACGCUGCAGUCUAUAGUAAGGGCCAUAUAACGGUUCAGAUGCAGGCUGCCUUUGACAACAGCAGUAACUUCAAACUUGAGGCUUUUGUCGUGCCGAAAAUAACCUCAGUAACGCCAGAUACUAAAAUAAACGCAGAAGCCUGGAGCCAUUUGAAGGAUUUGCCGCUAGCCGACCCAACAUUUGGCACUCCGGGUCAGGUGGAUUUACUACUUGGUGCUGACGUACUGACGGAUAUCUUCCAAGAGGGUUUAAUACAGGGGUCUCCAGAGCAACCUUGCGCUUUAAACACCCGUCUUGGCUGGGUAGUAUUCGGACCAGUCACAAGUUCCGCUGACACCACAUCACACACAUCUCUUACUGCGAAAUGCGUCAACGAACAACGGCUGGACAAGUUACUUAGGAGCUUCUGGGAACUCGAAGAACCCACAUUAACAUCCGAAGUCCAAGUUGAUGACUGCGAGAAGAUCUUCAACGACACAGUCACCCGCACUUCAGACGGUAGAUACCAGGUGCAAAUUUUAUUUCGGCCAGAUGCUCCUGCACUUGGCGAAUCUCAUCAAUCGGCAGUUCGCCAGUUUUUACAACUCGAGCGGCGUCUGAUGAACGACCCAUGUCUUCGUGAGCAGUACAUCACAUUUAUGCGAGAAUAUAUUGCUCUCGAUCAUAUGGAGGUUAGCAGAGAAACCUUCAUUGGCAAAGAAACUGGUUACUUCAUACCUCAUCAUGCUGUAACCACAAAAUUUCGCGUGGUUUUAAACGCUUCCGCGAAGACUUCUAAUGGGACAUCCUUAAACGAUACACAGUUUUCUGGACCUCAGUUACACGCAAAUAUUGUCGACAUUCUGCAGACGUUAAGAAAAUGUUCCGACAAAUAUUGAUAGACACACGACAUCGUAAAUGGCAACGAAUACUCUGGCGUGAAUCACCAGAUGAACCUCUUCAAGUAUAUGAAUUGAAGACGGUAACUUAUGGAAUGGCUUGUAGCCCAUUCAACGCAAUACGCGCACUGCGUCAAUGUGCGAAUGACAAUUAUAAGGUCAUCUAUGACCCAAGCCGGGCUGCCGCAGCGCGUCAUAGCAUACUUUAUAAUUUCUACGUUGAUGACUAUUUGGAUAGCGUCGACAGCGACGAACUUGCCGUUACCCGAGCUCAAGACGUAGCAACGGUUUUGAAACAAGGACAAUUAAUAUUGGGAAAGUGGAAUUCCAACUCUACACAUGUAUUAUCUACAAUAACCGGUACAACAGUUUCCGCAUCGGAACUGGAGUUAGACAACUCAACGACAAAGGUAUUGGGUCUUUACUGGGAUCCAGUGAGUGACGAACUCUUCUUCAAGGUAAGCAUGAUUGACGACACCUCCAUGCAUACUAAACGAAGGGUUUUGAGUGACGUGGCGAAAUUAUACGAUCCAACUGGCGUAUUAGCACCUGUAGUCGUGUUGGCCAAACUAUUCAUACAGGACUUAUGGAAAGCUGGUCUACCAUGGGAUGCCGAACUCCCAGCAGAGCUGCUCAAUACAUGGUUGAUAUUUCGGAAUAGCUUACAAGAUAUUUCACGGCUUCGUAUUCCUCGUUGGCUGGGAAUACGAGUGGGCUCUUUAGUGCAUUUACACGGCUUUUGCGAUGCUAGUAGUAAGGCAUACGCAGCAGUCGUAUAUGUUCAAACCAUCGAUAACAGCGGAACGUCACGCACCGUUCUUGUUUCAGCGAAGUCGAAGAUAGCACCAAUUAAGGAUGUGACUAUACCGCGCCUCGAACUAUGUGGUGCUCAUCUUCUAACGAAGACGCUGGAUAACGUACGUAAGGCUCUAGAUUUACAGGACGCCCCAUGUACGUAUUGGGUCGCUCGGAAUCGAAUCCAGCCGAUUGUGCAAGCAGGGGUCUAUCUCCUGCUCUCUUAGCUGAGCAUCACCUUUGGUGGACGGGACCGACGUGCAUACAUCGAGGUGUGGGCUGUACAAUGAGCCUACCCGUUUUGACGGAAGAGGAAGAGCAACUCUCCAUAGCUGAAUCUCGUCCGGUCUCCAUCUUCGUUUCUAGAGCUGAUUACCAGUGGAUUAUGACAUCCACGAGAGACAAGCGGAUACCUCUCGUAGAGAAAUUUAGCAAAUUGAGUCGUUUACUCAACACCACUGUUUGGUUAAGGCGAUGGUUACCGAAAUAUCGUGGUUACAGAAACGAUGUAGUUUCUCUCGAAGAACAGCGAUGGGCGUUACUUCUGCACGUUCGACAAGCACAAGGUAAUCAUUUUAAACACGAAACUAAAUCGCUUGCAUUGCAUUCCAGGAUUGUGGGUCGUAGUCAAAUCAUAGCACUCACUCCAUUCUUGGAUACUGACGGCAUACUGAGAGUAGGUGGUCGACUCACCAACACCGACUUAGAUGAAGCUCAUCGACAUCCAAUUAUAAUUCCACGUGGGGCCCUGGCUUACUUGCUAGUCUCUGAUGCGCAUACACGUUGCCUACAUGGUGGUAUACAACAAAUGCUGCAGUUUCUUAGACAACGUUUCUGGCUUAUAGGGGCACGAGCUCAAGUAAAGUCUUUCAUCUGGACAUGCACUACAUGUCGUAGGCAUCUUCAAAUUCUACAACGCUAGCAAAUGGCUUCGCUUCCAAAAGAACGAGUAUUAGUGGCACCACCAUUUUCUCGUAGCGGAUUGGAUUACUGCGGGCCAUUCCAUGUCCGUGUGGGAAUGCAUCGUGCUACCGACUACAAAAACAUACGGUGCCAUAUUUGUUUGUAUGGCUUCACGAGCGGUACAUAUUGAGCUGGCAGAGGACUUGAGUACACAGGCAUUUAUAGAUCUUUACGAUCGCUUUAUUAGUCGAAGAGGUAUAUGCACCACUUUAUACAGUGAUAAUGGAACACAAUUCGUAGGCGCGAAUCGUCAAAUGCAGGAGGACUUAAGAAAUUGGGUAGCGACAUAUGCUCAACAACAUUUGGCAGCUGAAGGUACCUGUUGGAAGUUCAUAACCCCUUCUGCACCUCAUCAUGGAGGUCUAUGGGAGGCGGCAGUUCGUUCGGCUAAAAAGCAUCUACUGCGGGUCAUGGGCAGCCAGACGCUGCGUUACACUGAGUUGUCCACUCUCUUGACUCGCAUUGAAGCGUGUCUGAAUUCGAGACCACUGAUAGCUCUCUAUGAUGAUCCAGAAGGUGGGAUAGCUCUAACUCCGGGGGACUUCCUGAUCGGGCGUCCACUUAAUUGCCGCCCAGAUCCCCCAUUACCUGAAGCUCCAGAAAAUCGUCUUCGAUAUUGGCAACGACUCCAGAAAAUGCUGGAGCACUUUUGGCGUCGCUGGCAAUCCGAAUACCUACAAACUCUCCAAACUCGGAAUAAAUGGACUAGAGCGGAACCCAAUGUGCAGCGUGGUGACAUCGUUCUUAUACGUGGUGAAAAUCUACCACCAUCGGUUUGGCGUAUGGGACGCGUUAUUGACGUUCACCCGGGCAGUGAUGGCCUGGUACGUACCGUGACGAUAGAGUACAAUGCAAACCAGAGAUCAUCGGAUGGAAUUCCUAUUAAACAGCGGUGUCAGCGACCGGUGCAAAAAUUAUGCCGCCUAACAGGUCCCGCAGAAGAAUUACUGAACCGCGAGGGUUCAGCCGGGCAGGAUGUUCAAGAUUUAAGUACAUUAGAAUGCAGUCCUGUACACAAUUAGCAAGGACACAAACCAAUGCCAGUCAGCUGAUUGCUGAAUGCUGAAUGAUCAGCAUAAUUGUGUCCUCCCUUUAGCAUUGAAUUCUUAGACUAGUCACUUCACUCUAGCGUAGGGAAUGUAAAUGGGAACUAUCCUUAUGUAUAUGUAAAUAUGUAUCAUAUGGCGUGAUGCUAUAUCCCGUUCAUCAAAAUGUAUAUUUAAGAAGGAAUUGAAUAAAGAAGCGGCCUAUUCCGUGACAGACGUGUGUAAGA